AUGAUAUACAAACAUAAUAAACCAGUAACCUGUUUAUAUUCUAGUAAAGAUUACACACUCUUUUUCUUUGACAAAGGCUGUGAAAUAUGGGGAACUGAUACACGAACACUAAAUCUACCGCAUAAAGCUUUAGGCGUAUACAUAAAAUCUAAUAUUAUUUAUUACUAUACAGAUGUAAAUGUCUUUAGUACUACAUUUACUGGAGAUAUAGUUAAACUCUGCAGUAAAGAGACAUUAGAUUGUAUUAUUUUUCUAGAAAAUAUUUUCUAUUUAGUAAAUGACAAACAUGUUGUAAUUUACAACUAUAGGGGAGAAAUGACACAUUCAGUAAAUUUGAUACAUAAAGGUGUUUGUGUAAAAGGUGUAUAUGAAGAUGUACUAUAUCUGGCAUUUGAAGAUGGUAGUAUUUGUUACAUACAAAAAAAUAAAUUAACAGAAAUAAUAAAAAUGGAUGAAAACAUAACUUCAUUUGAUGUACAAAACCAAAUGAUGUGUAUAGCGUAUUUUUAUAAAAAAAUAGCAAUUUGUGACACUAAAGGAGAAAAUUUUAAAUACACAGAAAUUUCUUUUACACCCAAAAUUAUAAAAUUCUGGAAAGAGCACAUUACAGUGCUAGAUGAAGAAAAUAACUUCUUUUUGUUAAAUCAAAAUCUUAAAAUUUUAUACUGCGAAAAUUACGAAAACAAGCUUAGUUUUUUUGAAGUACAAAAAGAUAAAUUAUUUUUAGUAAUGAAAAGUGGUACAGUUAUUUCUACUGAUAAUAUUACAGAAUACAUUUAA